UGGGCUCUUUCUCCGCGGCGAGAGCGCGGGGCAGCUCGGGAGCCUUUUUCCUGCCCGGCCAGGCCAGGUACCGACCCCGCCUCGCGCUCAGGGGGCGCGCACUGCCUCGCUCCCAGCCCGGGGGCUCCGCAGGGCCCGGCCGCCGCCUCUUAGCGCCGGGCCGGAACGCGCGUCCCGGGUUCUUAGGGCCCUGCCUCCACCCUGGUCAGCCCCAGCCCCAGCCCGGCCCCCGCUCCCGCUGGCAGCGCCCCUCGCCGUGGCCCCGGGGCGGCCCGCAGGUAUCAGGGGAGGGGCGGAAAGGCCGAGGGUAGCUUCGCAUUCGGCAGCAGCCUGGGCAGAGGGUCGGUCCGGUGUCGGCCUCUGGAGUUGCCCUGUGACACACACACAACGAUGCCAUCGCACCAGACUCUCGGGGAAGAAGUGGCCACGGCCUUGCUGAGGAGGGAUGUGCUGAUCGGCGCGGCUGUCGUCCUCCGACUUGCUCUAGUCUUUUACGGAGUCUAUCAAGACAGGACCAUGCUGGUGAAAUAUACGGACAUUGACUAUGACGUGUUCACAGAUGCCGCCAGAUUCGUAACAGAGGGGAGCUCCCCAUACCGAAGAGCGACCUACCGCUACACCCCUCUGCUGGGCUGGAUCUUAACUCCAAACAUCUACCUUACGCCUCUUUAUGGAAAGCUGCUUUUCAUUACUGGUGAUAUAAUAGCUGCAUACCUCAUAUACCAAAUCCUGCUGCUCAGGGGAGUGGACACCAGCAAAGCCUUCGGGUACUGUGCUUUCUGGCUUCUCAAUCCUCUACCAAUGGCUGUGUCCAGCAGAGGAAAUGCAGAGUCUCUUGUAGCAGUACUUGUGCUUGCCACCAUGUAUUACAUAGAAAAAGGAAACAUAGUGAAAUCUGCUAUAUUGUAUGGCUUUUCAGUGCAUAUGAAAAUUUACCCAGUGACUUAUGCCCUGCCAGUAGCCCUUCAUCUACAGAAUAAUGGAUGCUGUGGAAAAGGGACAACAGAUACUGUCCAUUUAAAAAAAUCAAAGUUUUCUCUUGUGGACCACUUCUGGCAGCUUUUUUUAAGGCUGCUGAGCCGUGAUGUAUUGUUUUUUGUGGCGGUUAGUGGAUUGACAUUUGCAGCCUUGAGCCUUUCAUUUUAUUAUCUCUAUGGUUGGGAGUUUUUGGAACAUACCUACCUCUACCAUUUGACCAGGAGGGAUAUCCGUCAUAAUUUCUCCCCCUAUUUCUACAUGCUGUAUUUGACUGCAGAGAGUGAAUGGAGUUUUGCCCUAGGACUUGCAGCUUUCCUGCCACAGCUGCUCCUUCUUCUAGUUGUGUCUUUAGCCUAUUACAAGGACCUUGUCUUUUGUUGUUUCCUACAUACUGCUAUUUUUGUAAGUUUUAACAAAGUGUGCACAUCCCAAUAUUUUCUUUGGUACCUCUGCCUCUUGCCCCUUGUAAUGCCUGUUGUGAGAAUGUCCUGGCAGCGGGGUGUUUUGCUUCUCCUUCUGUGGUUUCUUGGACAGGCACUAUGGCUGGCACCUGCAUAUUUUCUGGAAUUUAAAGGAAAGAAUACCUUUUUACUUAUCUGGCUGGCUGGCUUGCUUUUCCUUUUCAUUAACUGCUUCAUCCUUGUUCAGAUUAUUUCUCACUAUCAAAAAGGAGCACAAGUAGCCAAGAAACUCAAACAUCAGUAAUAUGCACAUCGGUAUGUGUGCCAAUUCCUACCAGUAGUCCCAUUGACUUUAAUGAGAUUGCUCAAAUGAGCAGGACUUGGCCUAAUAUCAGUAAUGCAAUUGUACGUACACAGUCCUAAAACACAUUCUCUAUAAAUAGCCUUUUCCAGUGUCAUGUGAUUUUUGGGUGGGAGAGUGGGAUUAAGUGUUUGGGGACUUCACCACCACCACCACCACAGCAGGGAGAGGGCUGGUCUCAGUUUUGAGUAAACUCAGUAUUGGGUAGAACUCAUAAGAUUGCAGAGGAGGGGUAUUAUAGCUCUGAUGGUAUCUUGUCAUACUCCUUUUUUUUUUU